AGACAUUCGGGGACAAAAUGGCGUCAAAGCCUGAAGAGGAUUACUGCUGUCCUGUGUGCUGUGACAUCUACAAGGAUCCUGUACUCCUGUCAUGUAGUCACAGUGUGUGUAAAGUCUGUCUGCAGAAGUUCUGGGAAAUCAAAGGAUCUAGAGAAUGUCCAGUCUGCAGGAGGAAAUCCUCUAGGGAUUUUCUGCCACCAAAUCUGGCUCUAAGGAAUCUUUGUGAGGCGUUCCUACAGGAGAGAAGUCCGAGAGCUGCAGUAGGAUCUGAGGUGCUCUGCAGUCUGCACAGUGAGAAACUCAAGCUCUUCUGUGAGGAGGAUAAACAGCCUGUGUGUGUGGUGUGUCAGGCAUCAAAGAAGCAUAAACAUCACACCUUCAGUCCCAUAGAUGAAGCAGCACUUGACCGUAAGGAGGAGCUCAAGAUCAAACUGCAUCGCUUACAGACAAAACUGAAGACCUUUGAAAAAGUUAAAGUCAUGUGUGACCAAACAGCAACACAUAUUAAGACACAAGCCCAACGCACAGAGAGGCAGAUCAAACAGGAGUUUGAGAAGCUCCACCAGUUUCUACAUAAUGAAGAGACAGCCAGGAUAGCUGCAGUGAAGAAGGAAGAGAAGCAGAAGAGUCAGAUGAUAAAGGAGAAGAUUGAGAGGAUGAGCAGAGACAUCUCAUCUCUUUCAGACACCAUCAGAGCCAUAGAGAAGGAGAUGGGAGCUGAUGACAUCACAUUCCUGCAGAACUACAACAACACAGUGGAAAGAGCCCAGUGCACACUGCAGGAUCCAGAGAGGGUCUCAGGAGCUCUGAUCAAUGUGGCAAAGCACCUGGGCAACCUGAAGUUCAGAGUCUGGGAGAAGAUGCAGGAGACUGUUCAGUACAUUCCUGUGACUCUGGAUCCCAACACUGCACACCCAAAACUCAUCCUGUCUGAGGAUCUGACCAGUGUGAGACGUGGUGAUGAGAGACAGCAGCUUCCUGAUAACCCAGAGAGAUUUGAUAAGUAUGCUGAUGUCCUGGGCUCUGAGGGCUUUAACUCCGGGACUCACUGCUGGGAUGUGGAGGUUGGAGAGAACACACGGUGGGAGGUGGGUGUGAUGACAGAGUCUCUCCAGAGGAAGGGAAAUUACAGCUCCAUGAGUGGAGUGUGGUGUGUUUUGUAUAAUGGUGCUGCAUAUGGAGCACGUGCUCGUCCUCAUGACCCCACUCUCCUCACAGUGCAGCAGAAACUCCAGAGGAUCAGAGUGCAGCUGGACUGGGACAGAGGAAAACUCUCUUUCUCUGACCCUGAUAAUUACACACACCUACACACUUUCACACACACUUUCACACACACUUUCACUGAGAGAGUGUUUCCAUACUUUUGGACUGGCAUCAAUGUUCCUCUGCGGAUGUUACCAGUGAAGGCCUCAGUAAGAGUAGAGCAGCACAGUUAGAGCUGAUACUGACUCUGAACCAGGAAUGACAUACUGAGAGGGAAACCUAUAGGAGAGGAGACUAUGAAGAAACAAAGCCAUUUAAUCAGCAGUAAAAAUAUGUCUCAUUGUGUGGAUAUAAAUGUUAAAGGUAUGCUAAUGCCCACCGCAUUUAACUUGCUGUAUAUGUACUGCACGGUGCCUAGUUUAAUUUAUAUACCACAGUAGUAAUAUUGUGGGGUUUACUACAAAUGGAUUGGUAAAUGAAUGAGGACAAUAAAACAUU